UGGCUCGUGAAUCUGGCAACCCAGACAGUGGCUGGACGGUUUUCUGGAUGAGCAGCGGCUAACGGCUGACCGGGAGUUUGUGUCAGCUAACGAUCGGCCCCGGUAAACCUCUACCGACGUUUCUCUGUGUGUGGAGCAGAGGUUCUGAUGAUCUGGUCCUGAAUCUGCACCUGGAGGACAGACAGAGCCGAGCUGCGAGGGCUGGCCUCCGCUCUGAACCAUGUCCAAGAGUAAGAGCUCCGAGUCGGUGAAGGUGGUGGUACGCUGUCGCCCCAUGAAUGAGAAAGAGCGGGCAGCCAAGUUUGAUCGGGUGGUCUCUGUCGAUGUCAAACUGGGUCAAAUCCUGGUCAGGAACCCGAGAGAGACCUCGGCAGGCGACCCCCCAAAAGUCUUCACCUUUGACUCGGUGUACGACUGGAACUCCAAACAGAUUGAUCUGUACGACGAGACCUUCAGGCCGCUGGUGGAGUCGGUCCUGCUCGGAUUCAACGGGACCAUCUUUGCAUACGGGCAGACGGGGACAGGAAAGACGUACACGAUGGAGGGGGUGAGGAAUGACCCCGAGAGGAGGGGCGUGAUCCCAAACUCUUUUGAGCACAUCUUCACUCACAUCUCCCGCUCUCAAAACCAGCAGUACCUGGUCAGAGCUUCAUAUCUAGAGAUCUAUCAGGAGGAGAUCAGAGACCUGCUCUCCAAGGACCAAUCACGUCGUCUGGAGCUCAGGGAGCGGCCCGACACCGGCGUCUACGUCAAAGACCUCUCAUCAUUCGUCACCAAGAGCGUGCGGGAGAUCGAACACGUGAUGAACGUGGGAAACCAGAACCGCUCAGUGGGAUCCACAAACAUGAAUGAACACAGCUCACGCUCGCACGCCAUCUUCGUCAUUACGGUGGAGUGCAGCGAGCUGGGCGUGGACGGAGAGAACCAUAUCAGAGUGGGCAAACUCAACCUGGUGGAUUUAGCCGGGAGCGAGCGUCAGACUAAGACCGGAGCUCAGGGCGAGAGGCUGAAAGAGGCCACGAAGAUCAACCUGUCUCUGUCAGCUCUGGGGAACGUCAUAUCAGCUCUGGUGGAUGGCAGGAGCAGCCACAUCCCCUACAGAGACUCCAAACUCACACGUCUGCUGCAGGACUCUCUGGGGGGAAAUGCACGCACCGUCAUGGUGGCCAACAUUGGCCCCGCCUCCUACAACGUGGAGGAGACUUUAACAACACUGCGGUACUCCAACAGAGCGAAGAACAUUAAGAACAAACCACGGAUCAACGAGGACCCGAAGGACGCUCUGCUCAGACAGUUCCAGGAGGAGAUCGCCAAACUGAAGGAUCAGCUGGAGAGACGCUCAGGGAAGAAGAAGAGGAGGAGGAGGAGGAGGGGGGAAGGGAGCGAUGGAGAGGAUCUGGAAGAAGGAGAGACAGAGGAUGAUGAGGAGGAAGGGGAGGAUAAAGGAGACUACUGGAGGGAGCAGCAGGAGAAGCUGGAGAGGGAGAGGAAGGCCAUCAUGGAGGACCACAGUCUGGUGGCUGAGGAGAAAGUUCGACUCCUUAAAGAGAAAGAGAAGAAGAUGGAAGAUCUGCAGAAGGAGAGGGAGGCCGGAGAUAUGCUGUCUGCCAAAGUGAAGGCAAUGGAGAGUAAGCUGCUGGUUGGAGGGAAGAACAUCGUGGAUCACACGAAUGAGCAGCAGAGGAUGCUGGAGCAGAAGAGGCACGAGAUCGCUGAACAGAAACGUAGGGAGCGUGAGAUGCAGCAGCAGGUGGAGAGUCGUGAUGAGGAGACCCUGGAGCUGAAGGAGACGUACAGCUCUCUGCAGCAGGAGGUUGACAUUAAGACCAAGAAGCUGAAAAAGCUGUUUGCCAAGCUGCAGGCGGUGAAGGCAGAAAUCCACGACAUCCAGGAGCUCCACAUCCAUGACCGACAGGAGCUGGAACAGACCCAGAACGAGCUCACCAGAGACCUCAAGCUGAAGCAUCUGAUCAUAGAGAACUUCAUCCCUCACGAGGAGAAGAAUAAGAUCGUGAACAGAGCGUACUUUGAUGAGGAGGAUGAGUGCUGGAAAAUGAAGCCCAUCACACGUCUGGAGGAUGACCAUCAGAUGAUGAGCAGGCCUCAGUCUGCGGUCGGGUACCGGAGGCCUCUCAGUCACCACGCUCAUGUAGCCAUGAUGAUGAGACCGGACAUGAGAUACAAGGCUGAGAACAUCAUUAUGCUGGACAUGGACCUCCCAGCUCGGACCACUAAAGAGUACCAGGAGCCGGUUAUCGCCCCAAAGGUGGCAGCAGCUCUGGAGGACGCGCUCAGGGAUGAAGAUGAGAUCCAGGUGGAUGCCUCCGGCUUUCACAGCAGCCUGGGACCGACGCCUCCUGCCAGCGCCAGCAGCAGCCUGAAGAAACCAAAGGCUGGUCGACCCAAGACGGGGAAGAAGUCCAGCACCCCCACCUCUCCCUUCAGUCCCUCCAGUCCAGGAUCCCCACUCUACCCACAAUCUCGCGGCCUGGUGCCAAAGUGACAUCACCACCAACCUCUCCUGCACACCUGCACACCUGCACAGCUGCCACUUUGGACUCACCUGUGAAGAGAGCAGCGUCCUGUGCCUGAGUCAGACUGAUGCUGCUGUUUAUCUGCACACCGCUCUGCUGUCAGGAGCUUCAGCUGCAGCUACGCAUGAAGCCUCAAACUGCUGUCUGCUCUCACAAACACGCACACACAUGCGCACACAUGCGCACACGCGCGUGCACACACACACACACACACACACACACACACACACACACACAAAGGCCUAUGAUGUCUUACACACACAUGUAUGUCACAAUGUUCUUAAUGUACAGACGAAAACAAAGCAGGGCUGAGACCCCCUGAACUGCUGGACCACAAUGCACUUCUUCCUGUCCUCACAGAUGCGUGUGCUGGGUGUUGUAGUCCUUUAUCUUACUGUGAGUGAGUAUGUGUGUCUGUGUGUUUGUGUUGGCUAUGUGUGAGUGUGUGUCGCACUGCGCUGUCUCUCUCUGUUUGAGUCUUGAUGAUGAUGAGGUCUGUGUGUUUGAGUCUUAAAGGAAUACUUCGGCUCUGUAGGAGAUGAGUUUGUUUUGUAGCAGAGAGAUGGAGGAUGAGUUGGAGCUCUCUCUGAACAUGUGCAGUCUCUGUCAGUAGAUAUUUGGUACGUGGAGUUAGGCUCACUACAGCUCAGGUCUUUUUGCUAACCUAAUCACCGUCUGUCCCUGACCUCAGUCUCUGCUGAGUCCUAUGCUGAAGUAUUCCUUUGACCCAGGCUGAUGCUCAGACGGAGGAUGAAGCUCACUGCAGACUCCGUCACACAGCUCAACAUAUUUACACCAAAACAGCUCACCCCUCCCGCCAGACAUCCAGGAACCUGGGUCACCUCAAAGUUCCCGUCCUAGAGUGUGCCACAGAGUCAUCAGGGUUCCAAGGUGCCUUAAGCUGCAUCCUGCUCUGCUGCUUUACUUAAAGAGAGUACACGAUCAUCCCCUCACCUCCUUGUUCAGACAGAGUCAGAGUUAGCAUGGAGCUCACCGUCCUGUCAGUGUGCACUCUUUGUGUGGAGGAGCAGAGUGCUGGACGCAGAGCUGAAUCACCUCUGAAGAUAAUCAAAGUUUGAGCUUGUGAGGAUGUGAUGGAGAGACAGGACUCGGAGCUCAGUCACACCCUGCAGACUGUAACGGAUCUGAACACACGAUGAUAAUCUGCUCCCUGCGCUCUGUCCGCUCGUGCUGCUGUGCAGGGUUUGAACCCCACUGUGAUAUUCAGCCGGCUCAGUCUUCCUCAGAUGAUCAGCUGAUGUGAGCCGGCCUGCAGACUUGAUGUAUUUACGUUCCUGUGCGUGUUGACUCGUUGAUCUCCUCUGUCACUUUGCAGAUUAUAAAAACAAACAUGUUUCCUCUCUGAACAAAUCUAACUUAUACUGGUUCAUUUUUAUAAACCGAUGUAGAUAUACAUUUUUAUUCCGUUUGUUUCUUUAUAGAUUAUAAUUUUAUUUUUUGAGCUUUGUAAUUUAACGCUGAGAUUUAUUUUUUGCAUUGUACGACUUUUCGGCGUCUUCUUUGGUAUACAGAGAAGCAGGUGGAGGUGAAAUGUAGCUGAGGAUGACAGUCAGAUGUCACACAUCGUUUAGCAGAGAGAGUGGAGACUGUGACAGGAUCCACGUCACAUACCCCUUUUCCACCGAGGCAGUUUCAGGGCCGGUUCGGAGCCGGUGCCCGAUUGAGAACCGGUUCUUCGUGUUUCGACUACGUGCGAACCAGCUCCCAGCCUGGAAAACUGGUUCCAGAGCGGCUCCAACUCUUUGCUGGACCAGAACCGCGAACAGCUUACGUCAGGGGCAGGGGUUGGGGUUACCAUGACAAAAAAAACCCACAAACCAAACGUGCUUCUAACAUUGUCCUACAGCAAAAAUAACAGAAAGUAUUACCAGUCCACAAAAGAGAGUAAUGGAUUACAAGACAAAGCAGUGGUUGGCCGAGGAGACAAGCUACCUCCUUGCGGUUUGGUCUUCGCAGGAGAUCCAGAAAAAGCUGGAGGGAUCAACGAGGACCAAAGCCAUUAUUGAAGAGAUCCAGCGAGAGAUUGCUACGUCGGGGUUCAACCAGAGCGUCAACCAGAUCAGCAACAAGCUAAAAAAGCAAAAAAAAAAAGACUACCAGGACUAGGGAUGCAUCGAUCCUACUUUUUAGGUCGCGAUACAGAUAUCAAUACCUGGACCUUGGUAUCUGCCGAUACCGAUACUAGCCGAUCCGAUUCCUGGCGGUCGGAAAUAUAACUUUGGCAACCCACCCCGGUAUCAUUUCUGUGCGGGAAACACAUUAGAAUUAGAAUCAUGACACAAAGUAAUGCAUAACUAGCUGACAUGUUCAGGUAGGCUGGAGUUCAAGCAGAGCAGUGUCAGAAACAAUAUUUACGUGAUGGUGAACUGUACCUGGGUUCCAAGUGCUAAACCAGAGGCUAGAAUCCCUUAAUUUCAAGGAUUCGGAACAAUUAAGUUUUUAGCAAAAGAAGCGUGACAUGCACCUAAACUACAGAACCUCUGUAUUUAUCCUCCGGAGCACCAUGCUCGGGUAAGGCAUGAACAGGAGGCUGUGGGACCACAUUCCUGUCUGGGUGCUCCUCGCUGAAGUUGUCCCCAUGUUCUUCGCAAAUGUUGUGAAGAACACAACAGGCCAGUGCCAUUUUCUUGCUGAGCUCCAGCUUGCAGUCGUUUCUUUUGAGGAGGCACCUCCAUCAUCCCUUUAACCUCCCAAAAGCCAUCUCCACAACCGACCUUGCACUGCUCAGCCGGUAGUUGUUGGUAUGUUGUUCAGGGGUCAGUCUUCCAGUGUCAGAAAAUGGCUUCAUGAGCCAGUCUUGCAACGGAUAUGCUGGGUCACCUAUCAAGUAACAUCACAGCCGGAGAUGGUCACUUUGUUUUGACCCAGCAACUCCCCACUGUCCUCACUGAGGACAUCCCACAGACUGGAGUGUUUCAGAACUUUGGCGUCGUGUACACUCCCUGGAAAGCCCACACACACGUCCCAGAACAUUCACUUGCCAUCCACAACAGCCUGGAGAACAACAGAAUGCCAGCCUUUCCGGUUGUAGAAGUCUCUAGGAUACUCCUCCGGUGCAAUUAUUGGGAUGUGGCUUCCAUCUAUAGCACCAACACACUGUGGUACUCUCCAGCAGUUGCUAACAAAAGUGGCCAAUACCACCAACUUCUCUGCAUCUGGAAGUUUAAUGUGUGCAGGAAGCAGCACUCUGAUGACUGUGUUGCAAAACUCCUGGAAACAGUUGAAGACGGUACUCAGGCCUACACCAAAAAGAUGGUUGGUGGUCCGGUACUCACUGCUGGUGGCGAGCUUCAAUAGGGCGAUGGCAACCCGUUUUUGAGUUGCAACACACUAACGGUAGUUGGUGUUCCUUCUCCCCAUGCCACUCCUAACUCGAUCACAAAUGCACUCGAAGGAUUCCCGGGACACGCGUAAGUUCUGCACGAACUGUUGUUCGUCGCAGUCCAGAACAAUGGUGUCCCACCAGUGUCAGGAUCGUGGAAGUGCCCAGGCAACAGGUGACCUCUGCCUCGCUAUCAACGUGAAGACUAUCUAUAAAUACAGAAAUUGAAUUACUGAUUACUGAUUUGUUCAAUAGACACCAGUUUAGUCUGUGCUAAACAACAAGCUAAAUCGGGCUAGCGGGCUAGCAGAGAGGCUAACAACAGUUUACUUUCAGACUUAUAGAGAAUAAAAAACAUUACCUUUCGUCUCGUAUGAAGUCGCCGUCCACAUAGAGUAGCACAGAACUGUUGAUACAGUUGAGUCAAUUCUCUCCGGGCCCUCAUCUGAUUUCGAAAAGUCAGGAGCAACACCCACAAGCAUGCUAUAUUGUCUGCCAUCGUUGUUGUAAGGGAAAGGUCGAGCUAGCAUUGCUGGGAAAAAACGGUCAUGUAAAUCUGACGUCAUGACGUGCCUCCGUCACGGGCUCGAGUCAGUGGAAAAACAAACAGGUGCCGUGUUGGUUUGCGAGUUGAACUAGCUCCGAACCAGCCCGAGCACCAGCCUGGAACCAGAACCCGGUUCGCGUUGGUGGAAAAGGGGUAACAGUCCAGUAUUUACACGUUCACUGUACAUUAACCUCAAACAUACUCUUUAGAUAAGGCCUGAUCGUUGUAACCGACGUCGCUGUAAACCUGCUGCAUGAUGUAGAGAGCUAAGUGAGAUGUGUGUGUGUUCAUCAGUCAUAGGAAACAUAUGAAUGUCUUAAUCUUCUUGUUACAGUGACAUCACUGGAUCCAUGUCAGAGACUCUGAGACCAGCUGACCCGAGCAGGUUUCAGUUUUUUAGCCAAAUGACGAUUACGCAGCUGAGCGUCAGUCUGCGGCUGCUUCUGUCUUAAACUGUUGACUUCCUUUAAAUCAUUAAAGACGAUUCAGUGACGUU